AUGGCGCGACAUCGAGGCGCGUCGCCGGCCGCGUCCGGGCGCUCGAGGACGUCCAUCGUUUUUCUUCCUCCCGCCUUCUUCGAUCUCGCCGCUGAACGCCCGCCCCCCUCCAUCCCUCCCUUCCUUCCCUCCCUCCAUCAGAAAACGCUGCGGGACCUCCUCCUCCCCGUCGUCAUCGUCUUCGCGCUCAUCGUCCUCGAGGUCAUCAUCGGCGAGGAAUCCCUCCCCGCGGUCCCGAAACUCCCCGCGGUCGACACCGCGUGCGAUCCGCACCCGCCCGGCGCGAACGUCUCGAGAGGCGCGGUGUGCUGGUACUACCCCGUGCGCGCGACGCACGAGCACGUCGUGGGGUACGCGCCGAACAACUACGCGUCGAUUAACGCGCUCAUGGCGGACGUGCUCCCGAGGGUCGCGGACUCCGCGCCGCGGCUGCACGCGGAGUGGACGGGCGAGCUCACCAUGCGAGGCUUCGAGACGGAAUCGGCGCUCGUGGAGUUUUACAAGACGCAGGCGCGUUCUAUCUCAUCACACUGGUUCCCAUACGACCUCGUCGGCGUGGUGAACGCCGAUCCUUAA